AUGGGUAGCGGUCGGUUAUCAGAGGAUCGCGUGACCAAUAUGGUGGUUGCACACUUUCUACGUCUGAACACACCCUACGUGAGUAUGGUGGACGGUGGUUACGCGGCCUUCCACGAGGCCCUUGGACCUCUGGAAUUCAAUCGACUACUUGCAUCGCAUGAGGAGGAUCUCUGUUUUGUCUGCGCUGCUAAUAGGGGCCAACAGGCGAUUCGUAUGGCGCACAAAAUGCCUCCAUCAGCCGCCUCUUUCACCUCCAAGUUCUCCAAAGUUCCUUAUGCUGCAUCCACUCCUCCACCUAUUCAGUCACUGGGCGCUGUCUUGGCAAGGUUCUCUAAUAUGUUCAAAAAAUCACCGGCUACAGUCCUUGGACCACCCCAUAUAACCGCUACUACUGCGUCUGCUCCUCCAACCAAAUCAGCCUCCUAUCGAAACACUGCGGCUGUCUUCAGUAUUGAUGACGACGAUGAGGAGGAUGAUGAACUUCCCGAGCUUUCUCUUCAGCCUAAUCCUCGUACCCUUCCCAAAGAAUCCGCGGACAAGAAGCUUCAUUCAACUUUGGUCACAAACCUCGAAACUUGCUUACCG